GUGAAAUGACACGACGUAUUUGCCUCCAUCCAUCGGCGUCAAAGUCGUUUUUGCACGGAUAAGCAGCCAUUUUGUUAAAUCGUGUACAAAUAUAAUUUCGGUUCACGGGAGAAGCCCUCGCCCCGUGUUUUCCCAUCGUCUCCUUGGCUCACACAGGGAGCAGUGGGGAAAACAAACAGGUCGGACGAAGGAAGAUUGGUAGCCGGUUGGAUGUGGAGGUUGUUUGGCGGCGAAUGAAUUGUGUUCAUGUUGUAUGCUUUAUUUUUGCGCUGUCUUAAAGUUAACUUACAUUAUUUUGGUGCUUUCCAGUACGGUGCAUUAGGACACUGUUUAGAGUUGUUGUCCUUCCGAGCAUGUUGUCGCUUUCUAACAUUUUGUCAGGGCUGUUGGAGCGCGUAGUCUACUCGCUGCGGUUUUGUGUUUUUCUCGACGUUGUUUACCGGCUUUUAUUCGACGUUUAAUGAUUUAAAUUCACCGGUUUGCCGGCUCUGAACCCAGCGAGACACUUUUAGACAUGCAUACGAGGCGUUUUGUGAAGCGGUCGAUCCUCGGCAGUCGUGUUUAUGCGCCGAGUCCGACGGGGGACGGUGCCCCGGUGACAGGAGUGGUCCAGGCUGUCAAGCAGGAAAACAGAGACGUCUCGGCCGCAGGAGCCCGGCGCAGCGUCUACACCGUGCUCAUGCAAGACGGGAGCCUCAAGGAGUUCUCCGAGGAGGAGAUAGCCGCCGGGUUCAACCAUACUGCAGCCAAAGGACCGCUGAAGUCCAGCUUGAAGCAGAGCUCCAGCAAUGGAGCUCCAGAGGGCCAGAAGAUAGAAGGAGGCUCCCUCAGCCCAGAGGCAGUGGAAGAGCAGCGGGUGGUGGAUGGCAAGCGUGCUGGCCGGGACCCCGACACCCGAUCAGUGUCCCUGCUAGAGCAGAAACGGAAGGUGGUCUCUUCCAGCAUUGAUGUUCCACACGCCAGACGGUCAGAAGAGGAAGUAGACAUGGACAAGGUGACGGCUGCCAUGGUACUGACAAGUCUCUCUACCAGCCCACUGGUCAGGAGUCCACCUGUCAAAGUCAGCGAGGGUCUGAGUGGUUCAUGGAAGGACAACGGUUCAGCCGGCCCCUUCACCCCAUCUAGCAACAGCUCCUCAGGAGGCUACUGGAGCUGGUCCGCCCCCAGUGACCAGUCCAACCCUUCCACACCUUCUCCUCCGCUCUCAGCAGACAGCUUCAAGCCCUUCCGUGUGGCCAGCCUGGGUGGCGUGGGGCCAGGUCCUGCAGGGCCUGAAGACCCCAGCCUAGAUGAGCAGGAUGGCAGCAGCCUGCUCUUCGAUGAGCCCAUCCCUCGCAAGCGCAAGAACUCCAUGAAGGUGAUGUUCAAGUGCCUGUGGAAGAACUGCGGCAAGGUGCUGAGUACUGCUGCCGGCAUCCAGAGACACAUCCGCACCAUCCACCUGGGGCGUAACUGUGACUCGGACUGCAGUGACGGCGAGGAGGACUUUUACUACACUGAGAUCAAGCUCAACACAGAUUCAGUGGCUGAUGGGCUGAGCAGCCUGUCCCCCGUGUCGCCCUCCGUCCUCUCUUCCCCUCCUCCCCCUUCUCCUCUCCCUUCUCUCAGCCAGCUGCCGGACUCCCACAGACCCCCGCAGCCCUCUGACACCAAGGAGCCUCACGUUGGCGGCACCACCCCACUUAGCCGCUCUGCGCCCAGCGCGCUCUACCUCAUCCACACGGACCACGCCUACCAGGCCACGGCUCCGGUGUCCAUCCCAUCCAGCAGCAGCAACUCGACUGGCUCCGCCUCCACCAGCUUCACUCCUACCAACAGCUCCAGCUUUAGUAUCUCCUGGCAGUCGCCGCCAGUCACUUUCACUGGGAACAUGGUGUCUCCUAGUAAAAGCCUGGGCUUUGGUGAACAGCGCUCGCAGACCAUAGCCGUCCUCUCGUCCCCACCCAGGGCCACCACCGCCCUCAGUCGGAAGGUACGUGGCGAGGGGAAGAAGUGUCGUAAAGUGUACGGGAUGGAGAACCGCGACAUGUGGUGCACUGCCUGCCGCUGGAAAAAGGCCUGCCAGAGAUUCACCGACUGAGUGUACUCCCGCCAACACUUCAGCCAGCGCGCCACGCCAUCGGGCACUGCUGCCUUUCGCCAGAGAAAAGGGGGGAGGAGCAUCAUUUUGCAUGCAUUCGGUUUUCUUCAGCUCAAAAUUGCAACGACUCCGGCUCCACCCCCUCAGCUCCACUGGCCCAUUCCAGCCGUGGAGGGAACCAAAUGACGGCAGAGUCACCUUUUACAUUGCCGUCCAGGAUUCCCAGUACUGCCUCGCCAUUCCCUUCAUUCCCAGUUUUUGGGAAA